CCUUGUAUUUUUAGGCCAUUUUUUACUUAAUCUUUGUACUUUUUUUUGUUAACAAUUUAAAGAUGCCCACGUAGACAUUGCAAACCAAAUUAGUAGCUUUACAUUCAUAUGGACAACAAACGACAUUUGUUUUCUUACACUGCGUGCGAGACUAUCUGUCUUUAAAUUUUUCGUCCGUGAAAUAUGAAUGACUUCCGAACUGUUGAAAUUUCUUUUCAAUAUUGUUAUGCCUUCUAAAUAACUUGCAAAGAUUGGAUAUUCUUCUAGUUCCUAAACCGUCUUCACCAACUAAGAACAAUCUGUUGCAAACGUAACAGUAAACUGUCUUAGAUUCCUCGUGCAUUCCAUUGCCCAAUGAGAGCAUCUACCUCCGAAUAAAGUGGCGACUGACUCGCUCUUGUAUUCCUCGUUCCCAUUAAACCAUCAAAACCUUCCAGUGUGAUGUACCACCCUUGUCUCGAACAGUUUUCCUCAUUUUUUCAUGAUCCAUCCAUAAAAACACCAUCUUCAUGGGAUAGUCAGUACUAUUGUUUGUAUUGGUAAUCGAGUUUGAUCGAUUCCUUUUGUAAGUGAUAUUUGUGCUUCAACCCAAAGUAAUGACUUUGUUUUUUCUAAUUUGAGAAUAUUUCUAGGAUCAAUAUCCAAAUUGCUAAAUACUUUGUUGUUUCUUCUUUUCCAUAUGUACCAUAAGAUCAAUGCAAAUUAAUCAUUUUCUAAUUCCAAAGAAACUUUCUAAAAUAAAUGAUCCAAUUUUACAAAGAGUGACGGAGUGGGAAAGAUAUCUGGAUUUGAUGGAAUUCGUGAAAAUUUCCAAACCUGAAAUGCCGGUGGACAUUCAAAAAACACAUGAUUUAUGAAUUUUUCAGAUGCCCAAUAUCGUGCACAAAUUAUAUCCUCUAGUAUUCCUCUUGCUUUAAAAUUUUUGUGAACCACUAUACAUCCUCGUCAUAUUAGUUGCCAUAAAAAAAUGGACAUCUUACUUUCCAACAUCAUACUUAAUGUUUGUACUUUGUUGACCAUUUGGUCAUUUUAAUAAAACCAGAUGACAAAAAGAAAAACACAUAUUAAAACCAUAGUUAGAAUAUGUGUACAUAAUUACAGUAUAAAUCUCUAAUCAAUCACAAUCUUUCAUUUAUUUUUAUUCCAUUUUCUUUACUUUUUCAUUAUUCAUUUAUUCUCGCCUUUUUAUUUGUUUUGAUCUAUAGUUUUUUACCAAUAUGAUUCAAUCAAAUUAACAUAUCAUAAAACAUUCAUAUUAUUCUGCAUAUGCCAUACUUUGAAUCUUUUAAAAUCGGAUAUAUAUUUUUAUUGACAAGGAUAUUCAUGCCAGUUCUAUAUUAAUUUUAUAGAAUAACAUACAUUUAUUAAUACAUCAUAUAUAGUAGAUACAUCUAUUCUAAUGUGCCACAUAUUAUUGUGUUGAUUUGAUUACAUAAUAAAAUAUAGGCUCUCUUUUCUUAUUUCAUCAGUGACAUGAUUCGUUUGUGUUGUAAUUUCCUUGAAUCAUCUACGACUCAUUUAGGCAAUGUAUUAAAAUUUGAUAGAAUAGUAUAAUUACCGAUGGUUUCAUCAAACGAGUAAUAAAAGGGGAACAAGAACCUCAGAUAAACUCUCCACGUCAAACGGAAAAAUCAUCCAAUCAUGUUAUAAGGUUUUGCCACGUCGUUUUUUAAAAAUCCGUCGUGUUUAUACGAUUGGGCCAGGAAACCCAUCAAAGUUGAAAGCAUAUUACCUGAUACUUGGCCGACUCGACCUUGUCCUUUCUCAUUUUCUCCAAACCCUAAUUUGCUAGAACAAUUCGUGAAACCCUUUGCUCUUCCUCUUCUCCGUUUCCGUUUCAUGAUAAGAAUCAAUAUCUUUGCAUCCUCUCUGCUACCAUCGGCUUCCCAGCUAGAAUUAAUUGCCGACGAAAUCCUCUGUGGUUGUGGGAGAUUUCGCUUAUACUUGGAUCUCGACAAACCUUGAGUGCCUCAAAGCAGAUCGGAGAUUUAUUCAGCGCGGAUAAGUGGAGAGAGAAAGAAGAAGGAGAUGAUGAUCCAUGAGGAAGAAGAAAUUGAAGAGAGGGAGACGGAGAGAAAGAAUGAUCAGAGAUAUUUACAAGAUAAUUAAUAGAGAUGUGAGCCCAUCACAUGGAAACAUUGUGGAUGGAAGCGGGAGAUUUGUCUCCAACAGAACAGUAAUAGAUUUAAGGGAAAAGCUGAUUACGUUUAUGGAACUCAAUCUACCCGAUGGAAAGAGAGUUCUCCAAACUUGCACAAUCAGACUGGCGAUGGACCGUUCACCCCGAGAAGGAGGAGGAGGCGAAGAGAGAAGGCAUAUGGAAUUUAAUUAUUCAUAUGAGAAUAAAUAUAAUUUAUCGACCAGAGGUCUUUUUGGUCAAUUGUUUGGUGAACUCCUCACGAACCUUGACUAUGGGUGCCACCAGCAUAAUCCAGCGAGCCUGUUGUUGCGGAGAAGCAAACCAAGGGCUGUGGCACAACAACCCCACCUGGAAUCAAAAACGUGGAGAAAACACGUAAGCACCCCCGUGAGUGAUAAGAUCGUUUUCCUUCGAUCAGUCCGUCAACACCACUUUAUUCUCCCAUUAUUUAAAUUAAUUUUGUCUCUUUCAUUACGUCCAAGCUUUGUUUUGGUUUUAAAUUUCCUCAAACUAUUUAACAUUUUGUUUUUCAGUGAAGCUUUGACGGGAUUAUCAUAGUUGUUCAUGUUGUUAGCUCAAACCAUUAGAACAUAUUCACACUAAAAAAAGUCGGAAACAAGUUUGGGACCCUUUCCCGAUUUUCCAAUUUCAAAACACUUUACAAUGACUACAAUCGUAGGGGUGAAAUGAUUCUAUAAGCAAGUAAAAUUAAAACACUCGCAACUAUUUUAAAAUGUUUUCACAACAUUUUCAGGUUUUACUAUGUACGAUGUCUGCUUAACGCACACGUUCCAUAAUGUUAUUAA